UUGCUUUUUGUCACUUUAGCUACUGCAAGUCAAGUGCUAACACGGAAAGCAAUUGCGAUUUGAGAGUAAUUUCUAUUUGGUCGUGACAUCGAUUAAAUUAAAAAAAAAAAUUGUUUCUCAAACGUUAUUGCGAAGAAAAACAAAAUAAAAUGUCGCUACUACCAUUCUUGUUGGAUUAUGAAAUUGAGCGACCACGCCGUCUGCUGGACCAACAUUUCGGCCUGGGGAUUACACCUGAGGAUUUGCUGACUGCUGUCGGCGGGCCGAUGAUCAGCAGGGAGUACUACCGACCUUGGCGACACAUAGCUGCAGCUGCAAGGGACUUCGGCUCCAACAUCAAGGCGGAUAAGGACAAAUUUCAAGUCAACCUGGACGUUCAGCAUUUUGCUCCUGAUGAAAUCUCCGUGAAGACUGUUGAUGGUUACAUAGUAGUUGAGGGUAAACAUGAGGAGAAAAAAGAUCAACAUGGCUACGUUUCCCGCCAAUUUACGCGCCGCUACGCCUUACCUGAAGGAUGUACGCCGGAAAACGUAGAAUCUCGUCUGUCGUCUGAUGGAGUACUAACAGUGGUGGCUCCAAGGAAGGUGCCCCCAGCGGUGGAAGGUGAGAGGAAGAUCCCCAUCACACAUACUGGGCCGGUCCGCAAAGAAUCCUCGGAUCAAGCAAACGGUGAUAAGGCAGAAAAUUAAUUAUUAUUCACGCAUAAAGCAUUAUAGAGCUACCCUCGGUUUAUUUAAUUCCCACCUACUAGAAUGUUCGUUACAUUGUCUGUUGUAAGACUGAUUUUAAGUUAAUAAAUUAUUUAUUAUUUUAUUUCUGUGUUUUAUUUCACUGUAUGUAU